UGUAUAUUCUCUUCCCUUGAUGCUGCUGGUCUUGGAAAGAGUCAAGAUGUCAAGUGUAUAAAAAGGCAGCAUAGAUUGUAGCACGUCUUUAUUGUUGAGCCUCCAGGAGUGACUGUGUUUCAGUGAGGAGCAGUUCAGAGCUGUUGGAGAGCUUUAUUUGAAGGGAACAACACUAUGUUUGGGUGUUUUUUCCAAGUACUUCAGAAUGAAUUUCACAGCAUUGAACCAAACUGAUGGCUGUCAGGAAUAUUUCUGUCCAGAGAGAUCUGUUUCUUUAUCUGUCUAUGUGAUUCUGUAUGUGGCAGCAGCAGCUGUGGCUCUUCUGACCGUGUGUGGAAACCUGCUGGUCAUCAUCUCUGUUAGUCACUUCAAGCAGCUCCACACACCUGCUAACAUCCUCAUCCUCUCUUUGGCUGUGUCUGAUCUGCUGGUCGGAGUUUUUGUGAUGCCACUUUAUUUGUCUUGGCUCAUCGAGUCUUGUUGGACUUCUGGAACAGUGAUGUGUUCAUUUUUAAAAUUUGCAAAUUUUCAAGCAACAAGCGUGUCUGUUCACACUGUGACUCUAAUCGCAGUUGAUCGGUUUUUGGCUUUAAGUUAUCCUUUUUUUUAUUCUGAGAAAAUCUCACCCACUGUGAUCUGCAUUGCAACUUUAUUUAACUGGCUGUUUUCUCUCCUUUAUAACUUCACUCUUCUCUUCAUUAAUGGAAACUUCACUGAUGUCACAUGUCCAGGAGAAUGUGUUUCUUUUGUAGAUGAGGUUUCAUCCUUCAUUGAUCUCCUGAUUGUGUUUCUUGUGCCAUGUACACUCAUCAUAAUAUUAUACACUCAUGUUUUUGUCAUUGCUAAGAAACAUGCGACUGCUAUAAGAGCCCUUCAGGUUCACAACAGCACCUCUAAAAACAGAGUCAGUGACAAAUCAGAGCGAAAAGCUGCGAUUCUGCUGGGGAUUCUGGUCUUUGUGUUUCUUCUGUGUUUACUGCCAUAUUAUAUUUGUUCUUUAGUGGUUUCAUAUAGUAAUGCUGACAUGUUUUUUGUCAGAGAUGUUGCUGUAAUAUGUUUUUUCCUAAACUCCACUGUUAAUCCCAUCAUUUAUGCCUUAUUCUAUCCCUGGUUUCAGAAAAGCUUAAAAUUAAUUUUCACAUUUAAAGUGUUUAAUAAAGCCUCCUCUCUGAUGAAUGUGCUGUAAGAGAUUGAAUGUAAGACAGAAUGUUUCUCCUCUUUUCUCCAGUUGUUUAUUUUCAUAUAUACUUUGUCUAUAGGUUAAUGUAGUUUAUUUUGUCAUAUUAAACAUGAGUCUUGACUACAAAACAGCUAUUGAAUUUCCUCAAAUUAUCGAAAUACAGUUCAGUUAUCACACAUUGACUUUUUUUAACAACAGGCUCCAAUUGUACAGUGCUAAAACAUGGGUUAAGGAGACUGAGACAUAGCACAAAAUGGCAAAAGUGUAUAGGCUAUGUGAACUUUUUUUUUUUUUUGGAUUAUAAGUAUCCCAAACCAGGCCUUACACAAUAAAAAUUUCAAUAACUUGGUCACAAACUAAAAGCUCUGGUGGAUUCAGAGCUUCUAAUAUUUCUUAGAAUAACUUGUUCGAAUCAUUCAAACUGAAAACUUGUUUCAUUAAUAGAGUCAACUUGAGUCACAAUUUGUGAAUCAAAUUAAGCCAAAGGGAAUAUGAGGGUAAAAAAUAAUGGGUCACAUUCUGUAAUACUUUCUCUGAUUUGCGUAUUUGUGUGCAGAAAAAGUUUCUGCCGGAUUCACAACAGGCAAGUUGCCGCAUAAAUUUGUUCUUAUAUUGUUAAUGUUGAUGAUUCAAUAGGCCUAUAUAUUCUAAAUGAGGGAGCACUUGCCAAAGAUUUGAAUAAAACAGGUUCAAACCAUGUCCAUGAUAGAAGGGCUUUAAAACCUAAUAAACACAUUUUAUAUAGACCCAGAAUAGGAUACAUGUGAUCGCAUUUCAAACCUCUCAUUUGCUGGCUGUGCAUACGCCAAUACAGACUGCAUUUAUUGUCAUUUUUAAAUUGUUACAAGGAAAUAAUAAAUAC